ACCAGUCGAAGGAACAAAGUUCUUCUGGUGGCUGACGCAUAUGAGUUUUCGCCCAGAUCAAUAUCUCAAAACUUGUCCGGUGCGGUCCUCCGAAAUUUCGACCAUCCAAUAUGCACCUUGGACCGUCAAGCUCGACAACGCAAAAGUGACGUCGCUUUUCAAAUCCAGGCAAUUUUGACCCAUGCGGCGAGCAAGCAUGUCCUGGCUGUGGAAGGGAGAUGAAACCUCGCCAGCAUCAUUCGAGAAGGCUCUAUCCAAACUCUCCUCACAGAUCACGGCCGCAAACCUCAGUCUCGACACGACCCGAAGUCGAGGUCGCCGAGUAAACGCACUCUGGACGUUGUACACCACCCUCACCUAUCUCGUCUCCCUGCUCAUUCUACUCCUCGUCCUCGGGCCUCAAAACUGGUCCAUUUAUCACUAUGCUGCCUUGGUAGGCUCGCCGUUACUCAUCUAUGGCGUUCGCCGAACCAUCCGAUUGUUCUUCGACUGGAGAAUAGACAGACACCAAUCCAAUGUCGACCGAUUGACAAAGCAGCGUGAAGCCAAGAUCAAUGAUCUUAAAAAGGCUACCAAGUACGACAGUACUCAAGAAUUACUACACAAGUACGGCGGCGCUCCGGUGGCCAAGACGCCUUCCAAGCAGCCACCAGCUUCAAAAAAGGAUGCCAUAACAAAGAAACAGCCCGCAAAAGGUCAACCUCAAAGGACAGGAAUCCCCCCUCCACCCACAGCCAACAUUCCUGGUCGGCAAUUUCCGUCACCAAUUCAAGCGCAGGGUCAGGUUGGAUCACACUCAAACUCCCCCAUACAUGGUCAAUCCCCCCUAGCAAUGCCUGCCUUGGCACAGAGUCCAGUCGACAUGUCCCCCGAGGCCCCGGGAUUCGCUCCCAACGCUUUCCCUCAAGAUCGACAGUGGAGCACCACCCAUGAGCAGACUCCCCAUUGGUACGACAGGAUUCUGGACGUCCUACUUGGUGAUGACGAAAUGGCUGCUAAAAAUCGAUUGGUCCUACUAUGUUCACAAUGUCGUCUGGUCAAUGGCCAAGCUCCGCCUGGGGUCCGAACACUAGAAGAAUUGGGUCGAUGGAGGUGUAGUAGUUGUGGGGCAUGGAAUGGGACCGAGAGUGAAGGGGCCAAAGUGGUAGAGCAGAUUACUGGCACGGCGCCACAUGCUGAAUCUGAGGAUGAUCUCCCUCAUACGCCCAUCGCGAAAGAGGUGAUCCCCGAAGAAGUUGACACCAAUGGAGACACCUCGACUGGGCAUGAUGGACCAGAUGACAGCGGACUAUCCAAAAGAGUCACACGGAGCGCGGGUAAGAGAGCCUCCUUCGAGUCGCUGGAAUGAUGUGCUGCACCCGCCCAUGCUGUUUGAGCUUCCAUCAGAGAAUUGCCGGAGUGGUGUUCUGGCUCUUUCGUUCCUGGUCGAUUAUCAAUCUAAAACCACCUUCCGUUGCAGCCAAGACCUGGUACACCAACUUCCAUACCGUUUCUUUCGUCCGCACUCCGCUGCAUGCAUGGUUUUCUUUCAUUCUUCGAUUCCGCACUCGCAAAGUCACUUUCUGCCCCAUUCUGCUGGGUUUCCUUCCUGUUUGACCGCCCGAUUUCGUCGCCAAUGGAAGGCGCCAAUAUUCCACCGGGAGCCCAGUGUCAAGCCAGGAUGUGCGACUGUCAACACAUAGGCGCAGAUGACCAUCAUGACGCCGUCGAAUACAAUGAAGAGCACCUCGUCAUUGGCAAGAUGCCCUUUGAAGCCUUCGCUGAGUUCGGCGACGCGAAACGAGCAGCGGAUUAAGAUAGUGACAACCGCGGUAGCGAUUGCUAAGGUUUAUUUUUAGUAUAUGAGUUGAAGCAUUGGAGGAUUAUGGGGAAGGUCAAUGGAUGGAUUAGGCUGUUACUUACCCCAGAGAAAGCCGCGGAAGGGCCACCUUUUCCUGAACUCGCUGGACUCGACAUUGACCCGUUCAGGAUAUUUGCGGAUGUUCCAGAUGAUGUGCAGGCAGAUGAGGGAGAAACCUGUCGUUGCGGCCACCUGAGAGCUCAGGCCAGCGAUCAUGAUAUUGACACCAACGUCGCGUGUCUCAGCUGUCAUGGCUGUUGAGGCUAUGGCGCCACCGACGGCCUGUAGAACCAGGGAAACAAUGUCACACGAAAUGAAUGUGAUGGUGAUGGUUCGACCAGAAAGGAAGCUGAGUUUCUCCCCAUAGAUGGCCAGGAUCCGCGACAGGGAGAGGUACACGGCUGCGCUAAAGAGAGCUGGCGCUAUGGUCAGGCAGCACAAGUACAUGAUGAACCAGGUGUCGAUGAAGACAUCAUAGUGCAUCCCAAUACGGCCGCCGUAGCCAAUGAUUUCAAGGGUAAUGCCGAGUAGCAUGGCUAUCGAGAAUCCCCAGGUACGAAGGCGGAAGCAUAAUACUGCUUGGGCAAUGAGACCAAUGGCAAAGAGAACCACGAACACCACAUUGGCCGCAAUGCUCGGCAGGUAAUUGACGUAGCCCCAGGCGACAAGACAUUCGUAAUACUCGG